CCCGCUGCUCCGCCGCCGUCGUUGCGCCGCAGCGGCGCGGGCGCCGUGUACCCUUGGCGUGUGCGGUGCUGUCCGCGUUGGCCGUGCCGUGCCCCGAGGAGAGCGCCCGCUCCACUGCCGCUGCACCUGCGGCCCGCACCGCUGCCGCACCCCCGCAGUCCAGCCCAAGUCCGGGGCAGGCCACCCCGCACCCCGCCAUUCGCCCCAGAUAAGGCGCGCCUCUGCGACGAUCGCCCGCUUCUCUCCCUCCCACCAUCACCCCGCACUCGCUUCACCAUGGCAUCCGUCCCACCGCCCGUCGUGCACACGGAGCAGCCGGCAUUCCUGCGCGCCGGCGCCGACGACAAGAAGCUCAGCCCCGUCGAGGCCGAGACGAAGAGCGCCCACGGCUCGGCCGACGACGGCGCCGAGACGGAGGCGGAGCGCAACAUGACCGUCGCCGAGUAUGCGGCGUCGCAGGGCGUCGACGAGAAGAAGCUGAUGCGCAAGGUGGACAUGCAUCUCAUCCCCUGGCUCUCGGUGCUGUACCUGCUCUCCUUCCUUGACCGCUCGGCCAUUGGCAAUGCGCGUCUCUUCGGCCUCGAGGCAAGCCUGGGCAUGUCGAGCCGCGAGUUCGGCAUCGCAACGAGUGUCUUCUUCUUCACAUAUGCCUUCUUCGAGGUGCCCAGCAACAUCCUGCUCAAGCGCAUGCGUCCCUCCGUCUGGUUCCCGCUCCUCACCUUCUUCGUUGGCGUGACGAUGCUGGCGCAGGGCCUGGUGCACUCGUACGGCGGCCUUGUGGCUGCACGUGUGUGUCUCGGCAUCGCCGAGGCCGGUCUCUUCCCCGGCGUCAACUACCUGCUGAGCGGCUACUACAAGCGCGGCGAGUUUGGCAUUCGCGCAGCCGUCUUCUUCUCAGCGGCCACGGCCUCGGGUGCCUUUGGCGGCCUGCUCUCUGUCGCGCUGUCUCGCAUGAACGGCAUUGGCGGCUACGAAGGCUGGCGCUGGAUCUUCAUCAUCAUCGGCCUGGCGACGGUCGUCUCCUCGAUCAUCUCCAUCUGGCUCUGCGAGGACUUUCCCGACACGGCCAAGUUCCUCACCGAGCCCGAGCGCCGCGUCAUCAUGCGCCGCCUGCGCGCCGAGCAGCCCAGUGUGGCGGGCGAGAAGUUCACGUGGGCGGCAGUGGGAAAGGGCUUUGUGGACUGGAAGACGUGGGUCGGAUCGCUGAUGUACAUCGGCGUCGACGCUCCGCUGUACGCCUUCUCCGUCUUCACGCCGACGAUCGUGCGCGCGCUGGGCUACUCGAGCAUCAACGCCAACCUGCUCAGUGUGCCGAUCUACGUGCUCGCGUGUAUCGUCACGGUCUUCGUCGGCCUGGCAGCGAACAAGUACAAGGACCGCCGCGCACAGCUGUCGCUCGGCUUCCUCUGCGUUGGCAUCGGCGGCUACGUGGUGCUUGCCGCCUCCCGCCUGCCCGGCCUCUCGUACGGCGCCAUCUUCUUUGCUGCGUGCGGCAUCUACCCUCUCAUUCCCAACACGAUUGCCCUCACCAUCUCGAGCGUCGAGGGCUCGUACAAGCGCUCCGUCGUCAGCGGCUUCAUCAUCAGCAUGGGCAAUCUGCAGGGCGCCGGCUCGACGAACGCCUACCCGCGCAACCAGGCGCCCUGGUACACGGCCGGGCACGGCGUGGUGAUUAUGUACCUGGGCGUCGGCCUCAUCACGACGCUGCUCUACUACAUCGGCGUCAAGCACGAAAAUGCGCGGCGCGAGCGCGGCGCGUGCGACGAGACGAUCCUCGACGACGCCAGCGCCGAGGGCGUGGAGCGGGCGCGCGUGGCGCGAGAGGAGGAGAUGGCGGGCUACGGAUUCUGGAAGCGCCUGCUUGCCAAGUACCACGAGCAGUCUGGCGGCACCUAUGCGACCGUCGAGGAGGCACGCCGGCUCAAGGGCGACGCCUACAGCGGCCACCGCUACUCGCUGUGAGGAGGCAACUUCGUGCAUUUCCCUUCAUCUCUCUUCUCCUGUCUCCCUCGCCUCUUUGCGCGCUUCUCGUCACUCGUACGUCUCCCGCAUGCCCCCGGUCCCUGUUGUAUCGCUGCGCAAUCCCCCAGAGCGGGCGUCCAAUAGAGCUUGUCGGCCAGAACGAGAUGGCGUGUAUCGCUCGGAGGGCUGCCCGCCACAGGCGCGGGACAUGCGCUCCGCGGUACCUCGGCCCAAGCUCCGCUCCCCGCGCCCUUUCGUCUGUGGCGAGCGCGGGCGGCGGUGAUUGCAACGCCGCGCCCCCCUGGCAGCAGACAUGAGAGCGCCGUGCUUCGUUGGCCUCUGCCACGAGCCAGCGACGAUGAGGCCGAGCCGGCCGCUGCCUGA